GAAAUCUGCAAAUCAUGUUUCAGAUCACGCUCGGCAUGGGGCAGGUCCUGGAGCGGCUGGACCAGCUGGCACAGAACGUGGGGCAGCUGGCGCAGCACGUGGAGCAGCAGGCGCAGAGCAUGGACCGGAUCGCAGACAACAUCCAGGAGGGGGUCCUCUCCAUGCAGCAAAACGCUGCCUUCAUGCGAGAGGUCAUCCUCCUGCUGUCCAGCCACGCUCUGCGUCAGCCUCAGCCCCAGGCCCAGCCCCAGCCCCAGCCCCAGCCCCAGCCCGAGCCCCAGGCCGAGCCCCAGGCCGAACCCCAGGCCGAGCCCCAGGCCCAGCACCUGGCCCAGCCUCCAGAGGAUCACAACUAA